CAUAUAUAACACUUAUUACGUUUUCACGUUCCUUAAUCAAGUUUUGCUUCUUCUGCUAAACGCAUUUGCUCCAUUAUCGUUUAAUGGAAGCGAAACUCCCGCAAUCGGAAAAACUUUAUCCCUAGCGCUUGCAGUACGUUGAUUUAAAAUCGGGCUAGUGUAAGUGCGAAUAUCUUCACGUAGUGUAGGCAGUAGAGCACCGUUAUCUGACCUAAUCAAAUAUUUUCACUCGUCUGCACCAAUUGUCUUCAUAAAAAUGUUUUCGCUUGCCAAAUGGCUCUUUCUGUUCUCAUCAGUGACGCUGGUUGCCCUGCAAGGCCAAAAUCAGCAGAAUUUUGUGCCUCCAGAGGCGCAAGAUGGAAGACAAGGAAGAAAUCUUCUCGACUGGAUUGGUUUGGGCACUGGUCCUGAUCAGGAUCCGUAUUUAUCGCAAACAAACGCACAAUGUUUGAAUGGCGAUUUGGCGUCCUGCUUUCAGAGCAGGGCAUUGGCAUCACUUGACGACUUUUUCAACCAGCCUGCAUACGUUCUAACGGAAAAAGCCAGAGUUUUAAGACUACCAGAACAGCAUUUGCGAUCCCUUGGACAAGAAACUUAUGAAUACUCCUCAUCUCCCCGAUCAGAAGACUCUGAAUGGGAUUCGUUGGUCAAAUUUGGAAUGCGCAAGGUUGAGAAAUUUUUAAAGUCCACUGCCAUUGAAGUAGACUUUGAUAACGAAGUUACGGAAAGAGGAAAAUAUGAACCACGUUUUAUUGAUGAAAUUGCUGACGAAAUGGACGUAAUUGAGGACAAAAAAGAUUCAAUUUUCAAGAGGAAGCAACUGAAGAAACUCUUCAUCCCCAUGCUUCUAAUCCUGAAGCUAUUCAAGUUGAAGCUUUUACUUUUCUUGCCCCUAAUUCUGGGACUUGCAUCGUUUAAAAAAUUAUUGGGAUUCUUCGCCAUUUUGGUGCCAGGACUGAUCGCUUACUUUAAAUUCUGCAAACCCAACAUGCAGUCCAGCUUUGGCCCCAGCCACUUUGCAGGACCGCAUUAUUCCUCUGCCGGAAUUGCAUAUGCUCAACCUGCUCAACAUUAUCGUGAACAACCGAGCUUUGUGCAACCCCAGUCGUACCAUGAAGAAUACCCAGGCCACCAUGAAACCGGAUUUAGUUUCCGGGAUGAAAACGCAGCCCAACAGUUGGCUUACAAUGGAUGGAACGGGCAGUAUAGAAACUCUGGAAAGGACAUCCAAGCUGAGCCCGAAAAUGUGUCGAAAAAAUCGAUUCUACCCGACUCGUAGGCGAUGGAAAGUGAUGAAAAAGUACUUGUUAUGUGAUAUAAGUUAAGUAAUGUUGUUUCGUAAGUUGUUUAUUUAUAUUUGCUUAUUGUAAACGUUGCUAGUAACGUAGUAUUUAUUUAGGUGUAUAUAAUUGAAAUAAAUCAAAUUGUAACUGUAAUGAAAUAUAUAAUUUUGUAGUAGAAGUUUAUAAAGCAGCAAUUUAAAUAUCUCAUCCAUUUUAUGAAAAGAGUCGUUCUUUGAAACUCGGAGAGAAUGCUCGA